AUGCCAGACGACCGUGAAGAGCGUCUGGAGCCACCGGCGAAAUCAAUCGAUGACCCAGGGGCCCACGACUUAGGUAACGAUCCACAUUUUGUAUGCCGUUCAAGUAUUGACUGGGUGCACGCAGAAUCAUCCGAAGAAUCCGAAGACCACUUCUCUGAUGCCCAGUCUGGUCUCGAUCCACUUGAAUCUCCAACCGCUGACGGUGCCGCUUCGCCCAUUCCUCACACCCGCGUCGAGAAAGUCGACGACGAGGCCAGCUACGGAGAGGAACCUGGCACCGAGGCCUACCGUUUGAGAGAGCAGGAUGCCGCCCCGGAUGAGAUCGCCGUUAUCCCAGACGCUAGAAGUCCCGAUUUCAACGCUCCCGACAGCAAGCCUUCUAGCCCUCUUACCCCUACUGGCGGGCAUCCAAUUCCGCUAAUGAUAGUGGAGAAAAUCGACCCCGAGACUCCAAGCCAUGGGGAGGUGCCAGGAACUUUGGCUCACGACCUGCGUGCCGCAGACGCUGUGCCAGACCUCGUAGUGAAAUCUGGAUCUAGUGACCGCAGUCGCUCAUCCAGCAUCAGAUCUCGGGCCAACAGCACCCCUGGCGACCUUCCGAUCCCCUUGACCAGGGUCGAGAAAAUAGACUCCAGCCCUCGCCACGGCGAAGUCCCAGGAACCAAGGCAUACGAGCUACGGAGAGGGGACGCAGAGCCGGACAUCGUGGAGGAAGUCGGGGAAGACGAUCCAGGUAAGGGCAUUUUGCUUGCGUGCACUUCAGAGCGAUUGACCGGUUCAGGGUCGCCAACGUCUCCUGCUGCUAGGUCCCCAAUCAUAAACCACGCGAGGCGGAAGUCAUCUGCGGCUGGGAAGAAGGGGGCACCUGCUUCUGCUGCUGCUGAUGCUGCGGCUGAGUAUGACGAGGCAGAGGAUGGGUCGGACGGUGGGUUUGGAGACGAUUUCGAUGAUUUUGAAGAGGGAGAGGAAGAUGCAGAGUUUGGUGAUUUUGGGGAUGAUUUCCAGGAGGCAGCACCAGCUCCACCUCCACCACAGUCUAUUCCAGUAACACCGUCAUUUCCCGUACUCGACUUUGCAGACCUCGAUUCCCCAGAAGAAGUCCAAGCAGCAACAGAGUCCUACAUGAACGCCCUCUUCCCCGCGGACUCAAUCGACGCCUCCGUCCUCCCACCCGUAACAGCCGAACAUCCCAUCUUCCUCACACCACGAAGCGCAUCCCUCUGGUCCCAACUCGUAGCUCCUCCCCCACUACAGCCACCCAACUGGAUCCGGUCCCGGAUCCGCCGGCUCUUCCUCGUCUCCCUCGGCGUCCCCGUCGACCUCGACGAGAUCCUGCCCGCCUCCAAACAAAAGAAGCUCAUCCUUCCCUCCAUGAACCUCAACCCGGCCUCGGGCUCCCCGCGCACCUCCAGCGACUCCCGCUCCAUCUCCCGCCUCAAGCAGAGCGACGGCAACGCAUCCAGCACCUCCGUCGACUCUCAAGGCAAGCCCUCCCGCUCGGACUCGAAGCGGAGACGGGGCCCACCGCCGGCGCCGCAGCUGGAUCUCAUCUCCGCCAGGCAGCUGUGCAGCUUCACCGACGAGGCCCUGGACGGCCUCACCGCCGAGGAGCUGAAGGCGCACGUCGCCAAGCUGGAGGAGAUGCAGGGCACGGCCAAGGAGGUGCUGGAGUACUGGAAGAAGCGGACCGACGAGAAGAUAGGCGACAGGGAGGCCUUCGAGGGCGUGAUUGAGAACCUCGUGAAGCAUGCCAGGAAAGUCCGGAAGUAG